UAAUAUUUAGAAAUGGAGAAGAAUAAUAGGAACAAUUUGAGACUGCUUAAUGACCUUUGUGCUCAGAUUAGGAAGAGUGAGGGUUCUGGAUUCGAGAAUCAUGCUUUGAAGUGUAAGGAUUACCUUAGAGAACUUGAAGAGUUGAUCAGAACUCUUAGAAGAUUUGUGGAAUAUAGUUUAGAGAAAGGCGAAAGGGAUCAGAUGAAGAUUAACAAAUUAACCGAGCUGGUUCUAAUACUUGUAGGAGCUCUUGAUGUAGAUGGUGAUAACAGUAAAAGCCAAGGGUCGUUUCUUAAAACACCUUUGAUGAGUGACUUAAAUACUAUUUUGAAAGAUACAGCUGGAGAUGGUUCUGAGGAACAUAAAGAGACUGUUGAUGAUACUCAAGAUGAUGUUACCUCUGACAUUCUUAAAAUUUAUGAUAAGCAUUUUGACAGAAGUUUACCCUUGAAGCAAUCCGAAGACAAAUUGACUAAUCUCCUUGAACGGGGUUGACCAAAAAAGAAAAUAUCGUCCUCUCUAGAAGUUCAGCCUCUAAGUUGUAAAGACCAAAAAUUUGAUGAAGACAAAAUAGGAGAAGAAAUUAAAAUUUCAAACUGUUUUGAAGAAGAUAAAACUUCUGAAAUAGGCAACAGAUCAAAUUCUCAAUUAGAAACUUCUAAUGCUUAUAGAGAGGCAAAUAGAAGUCAGAAUGCCCAAGACUCUCAGCCUAAAGAGUCUCUUAACGAGGCUGGUCUUUCUGCUCAGCCGAUCCCAAAGUACUUAAUUAAAAUUAAUGAUGAAUCAGAAGAUACCUUCUCAGUACAAAAUGUAAAUGAAAGCAUAGUGAAGCAUUCUGGGAGGGUAGACAAAGAGCGGAAAUGAAAUACCAGUAUGAAUGAUGAAAAUGAAGAAUUAGAUAUACUUGAGGUACCUAGAGGCCAAGACCUAAACAAGACUUUUGAUUUAGCUGAUAACCAUGAAACUUAUUGUUACGAAACUAAUAAAGAUACGCUACAAAUUUCUUCGAAAGGUGUAUCUAAAAGUGUUGUACCUUGCAAUGAUCCAUCUGUAAAUGAAGAAGAAGAGAAGCUUUCUGUAGAGAAGCCUCUUCAGGAAGAAACUAAGUUAAAUUGUUCCCAUAUAAGAUCUGAGAAUAAAAAUAAUUCAGAAAUGGUUGUUUCUAUUCUGAUGUUAUUAUCAAUUCCUGAGCUUGAGGAGUACUUAGCUCGAUUAAAACCACCGAGAGGUAGGAGCAAAAAGUUUUGGCUUCAGACUAGGAAGUGCUUAAAAAAGAUGCAUCAUCUGGUGAUCAAAGACUUCAAAAAUAACAUUAAAUCAUCCGAACUGAGUACUUUGAGCUAUCGGCCAGGCGAAAAUUCUGAUUAUAAAGAGCUCGAUAAAGUAGCACAAUAUAUAUUGUAUUUACUUGAGAACCUCAAGCGAGAACUAAAUAACUCUGACGAGAAUUCUGCUCCCUCACUACGUAGUGGCAAUAAUAAAUCUUCGAAGAAGGACUCCAAUAGAAAUAGCACUAUUAUUGAAGAACUCUUUGGGGGAAUUUAUGAGAUAACCACUUCUUGUAAAAAUUGUUCUAAAGAAGGUAAAGAGACCGAACUGUUUAUUAGUAUCGCUCUUUCAAGAGAAGAUGGUAAAAAUGCAUCUAGCUUUAGAAAAUGUAUUGAAAAAUCUAUGGAAGAAAGUUCACUAAUCACAGAUUGAAAUAAAUGAGGAGCCACUGGUCUCUGAACAGUAUCUAAGAGAUGAGUGAAGGUUCCACGUUAUCUUAUACUUUCAGCCAACCAGAAAAAUUGAGCUGAAGAAGAGAAGCUCGAAGAUGCUUUUAGCUAUCCUAGGCAAUUUUACCUGAAUUUUCCAGCCAUGAGAAGGAUCGAGUAUGGUUUUAAAAGUGUAAUUUCCCCAUCCGCUGACCAGAAGCCUAAUAAUUAUUCUCUUUAUUGCAAAAAUGGCAACGAUUGGAAGUACUUUGAUGGUCAAAAGAUUAAAGAGGCAAGCAUGAAGCAGGCUCUCAACAAAGAUCCAGUUUUGUUGAUGUAUGAACUCGGCACUAAAUCUACAACUUAAUUCUAAAAUUUGUUUCAC